AUGAUAAGAGAACUCCGUCCUGAUGUCUUUGGUGUGCUGGACGUCACAAAUACAGCAUUGACAUAUGGUGGUGCAGUAGUUAGGAGCCGUAGCGCCUGGAGGUCUGAAAUCAGGGAAUCGGCUCUUAUGCCUCAUCAAGGCAGCUGUGCAUCCAAGAGAUUUGACACGUGGACGAAUCCUAUACCUGAUUAUGACGAAGUACGAGCUGAAACACUGGUGAGACGUCGUAAGAGAAGAAGGCGUUGCAGCUGGGGGGAGUGGCCGUUGUAUCUCGUCUUGCCAGGAGAGAAUGCAGAGAAAGGACGUAAUCCGCGAAGUGAAUCUGAACUAACAUUUGCUUUUGGUCUCGAGGAAGUCAAAAGGCGCAUCAUGAACCUGGUUUCCGCACUUCAUUUCUUCCUUAUAUGCGAGGACCUUAUGGACGACUGCAGUCUUGCUUCUCUAUGA